GGGGGAAGUGCAAAUAAAUUAACAUUUAACAACAUCGGUACUGAUAUAAUAUAAUUAUUACUUAUUAGUAGGUACAAAUAAUAUAGGAACUAAUAUUUAAUAUUGAUAUAAAAGUUUAAUAACUUCACAUAACUGGAUGUCAGAAUGGGUACUGUUCUGUUUGAUGCACUAUCGCACAGCAUCGGGCCGCUCGACCUAUUUUUAUUAUUAAAAGGGGUUAUAUUAUUAAUAGUGUAAAAUAUAAUAUAAUAGGCGCUUGCGUCCGAGUGGUCUUAAAGCAAGCCCCCUUUAGACGUAAGCGAUUUCGGGCACGCUUGGAAUGGACGCGACAAGACCGCGUGAUAAAACCUUGCGUUUAAAAAUACAAUCGUGUGCUGACUUAGCACUUGUCCAGCCAAGUAUAGACUUAUCGCCCGUACCAAAACCGUCGUGUUAUCUUUAGACACACCUGCUUGACCUGUACGAAAUUUUUUUAUUUCGUUUUUAGUUAUGAAUAAUUACGAUUUGUCGAGUACCUGUUGGUGAAAAAAUUAUUUUCCACUUAGGUAAAAUAUUGAUCUCCUCGGUAUUAAACAGAAGCAACAGUUUUAAAUGUUUCCAAAAUAUUAAAGUUUAAGGUUUUUGGUUUUAGAAGAUAGAUAAACCAAAAAUUAUGUUAUAAAAUUUUGAAUUUCGUCUUUUUGAAAACAAAAGUUUGAUUAUAAAUUAGGUUUUUAUAUUAUAUUAUAUUAGGUUUAUAAUAUAAUGUUAGAUAAUGUUUUGUAUUUAUUUUCAAUAUCUUGACCAUAAUACUCAUGUACGAUUCUGUACAGACUUGUCCCAAGUGUGAUCAGACACACUAGCUUGAUCAAGCUUGUGCUUAACCAGCACACACUUCGAUUUCGUAUCUUGAGUACCGUUCAACAAGUUUUGUUUCCGGCUUGCUAUAGGUAUUAGCAUAAUUACCAUAUUUAAAUAUUUCAACUAAAAAUUUUUUAUAAUAUUAUUAUAAAUAAUUACGUUUUUACUUAAAAAAUUAUAAAAUUUUAAAUAUGAGCGAUACACGUUAUUGGUCUAAAGAAUUCACUACGACUUUUCUAGAAAAAUAUCAUGAAGUUCCUUGUCUAUAGAAAAUUAAAUCCAAAGAAUAUUUAAAUAAAAAUUUAAAAACAUCAGCGUAUGAUGAAUUAGUGGAAUUGUGUAAACAAAUUCAACCUGAUGCAAACCGUGACUGUGGUCAAAAAAAUCCAUGGUUUCCGAGGUUCCUUCAGGGAAGAACAUUACUCAAAAAAGUGAUGAGUUCAAAACGCUCUGGCAGUGGACACGACCGAGUGUAUGAGCCAACUAUCUGGUACUAUAAUUUAUUACUGUUCACCAUCGACCAAGAAACGCUAUCAGCAAGUUUAUGGAACAUUUCCGAAAGUUUCCCUGAAGUGACAAAUUUAGAUCAGAAUUAUAAAAAUGAUGUGCCAGAGUUGGAAGAUAGCACUACAAAUCUAGAAAAGAUCGAUGAUCAACCGGCAACUUCCAAGUUUUUCCCUGUUUCACAACCCCAGAAAGUAAACACCAAUAAAAAAAACGCACUGUGGAUGAAUUUAUGAUGGCAUGUACUUACGCAUUGAGUAAAAAUACGGAAAUAGACGAAUAUGAUGCUGUUGGAAUUAACGUAACAAACAAGUUAAAAAAGAUGGAAAAUAAACAAAGUAUUUAUGCUGACCUUCUAAUUAACAAGAUUCUAUCUAAAGGUUUGUUGGGAACAUUAACACCUGCCACUGAUAUAUAUGAGCUGGUAGGAACUAUCCGGAAUGACGCAAUAUAUCUCAGCCACUUACUAAACACUACACCUGAUACGGCCAUGACUCAAAUAAAUUAUGAUAUUCAGAUGCAUCCACUUCCUUUAAACUAUUCGUCUAUGAAUUCUAUCAGUUCAGCUUCACCUUACGACUAUUCUAUUCAUAUGUUGGCGAUCUAGACUCAUCCUUAAAUAGUUCUUAGAACCUUAUUGUAAUUUUGCUUACUUAUGAUUAUUAUUAUUAUUCUGUUUAUAAUUUGCAAAAGGUUGCAAUUCUUUAAAUAACAAAUUUUAAAAUGUAUUAUUAUUAUUACUAAUUAUUAUUUAUUAUUAUUCUGUUUAUAAUUUUUAUAAAUUUUUAUUAAAAUGUAAAUUGUUUUACCUUCAUGUAGUCUGCUCUAAGUGCUUCAUAAAUUGCUUUACACGACUCCGAUGUUAUACUCGAAAGGCUGGGAGCAGAUAUUCGCGUACUGAACUUUAGGUCUUCAUAUGACUUCC